GCUGAGAAUCGUGGAUUUGUGAUGUGAUUAGAUUUAAUAAAAUACAUAAGGCUUGCCAAUCUAAUACUUUCUCGAACCUUAUAUUGAUAAACACUUCAACGGCUUAUAGUUCCUGCCAAGAAUGGUAUAGAGCCCCUAACAACUAAUCGCCAUGGAUCAUCCAGAGUCAACGAGUCAAGAGAGUGGUGUUAAAAAAACCCCAUUCGAUGACUUGAGUAGAGAUGAUCUUAUCAACAAAUGCAAAGGGCUACUGGCAAUCGCUCAAAAAGCCAAAAUAGCCAAAUCAGAGCUCCAAACAGAACUUGAUGCAUGCAAAGUAAGGUUGGAGAAAUGUGAGGAAGAAAAAAAUGCUAGUUCAGAAACUACUAAAACUCUACAAGAGCUUGUAAACUCCUUGACUGAACAAAAACUGAACUAUAUCACUGAGGUUGACUCAGCUCAAGGCAAGAUUAAAGCACUUAACACCAAGUGUAGUAAUUAUGAGGAAAACAUCAACACUUACAAAAGUGAUUUGAUUGUUAAAGAUAGCAAAAUUGCUGAUCUAAAUCAAAAGUUAUCUGAUCUUGAUAUUGAAGUAACAUCACUUAAAAGACAGAACAAUAGACUUUUGGAAGAAAAUGAGCAGUUGUUGAGUCAACUCACUGAGUUUGAAGCUAGAGCAGCUGAGUUUAACAACAUUGGUAUGCAACAGAGAGAACAGCUUAAAAUUUUGGAAGAAAGUGUCCAUACAGAAGAGUAUUAUAAAAAUCAAUUAGGUGAAUUACAGAAUACAAUCCAACAAUUAGAAGCGAAACUUCAAAGCAAUUCAGAUUUUGAAUCAAAGUUUAAUGAAGUAAAUGAACUGUAUGAGUCAGAAAAAGCUAAAAAAGAAAAAGCAAAUGUGAAAUUGAGGAGUUACAAAGAUAAAAUUUUGAAGUGUGCUGCUUGCAUUAAUCAAUUGAAGAACUCUAGAUUUAUUCUUGCUAAAACAGUUAAAGAAUAUUCAGAAAAUAUUCCUAAAUGGCAAAAUGAUAUCAUAAAGGCAUCAAAGGUACUUGAUAAUCAAAUAAAUGAACUAAACAGUGAAAAUAUGUCAUUGAAAGAAAGACUCCAGGAAUUAGAAAAGCAACUGAAUGAAGCUAAAGAAAUUAAAAUGAAUACUAGUGCUAGUGAUUCUCAAAUAACUGGCUUAAAAGAAGAGAUCACAUUAUUAAAGGGCCAAGUUGCUCAUUUGGAAGACCAAUUACAAAGCAGUGCAAAUGAAAAUACCAAACUUAUCACUGAAAAAAAAUACCAAUUAGAUGAAAAGAAAGUACUGGAGGAGAAUCUAAAUGAAUGCACUCAAAAGUUGAGUGAUAUCACUCAUAAGCUUUAUGAUCUUGAUAAAUCAAUGCAAACUCUACAAAGAGAGAAUAAAAAAUUAAAUGAUGCGUUACAAAACACAGUGCAAAAUAGUGAUGAACUUGAUAACUUAAAUUUGCAAAUAAAAGCUUUGGAAAGUGAAAAAUCUAUUUUGGUAAAAGAAAAGUUAAAUGCUAGAGACAAUGUUGUAGAACUUGAAAAUCAAAAUAAAGUGUUGUCAGAAAAAUUAGCAAAGACUAAAACAGAGUUACAAGGAAUUCAAUCUCAGUUAGACUUGGUGUCACAAGAAAAGUCUGCAUUUGAGAUCAACUUUAAGGCUGAGAAAGAGAGUGAGGUGAAUACAUUGAAGUGUAAUUUAAUGGCUCAACAGGAACAGUUUAAUUUGCUGAAGAAGGAGUAUGAAGAUUUACAAGAUUUAAAUGGCCUAUUGAAGGAGGAAGUGGAAACACUUAAACUUUCAUUAGAGCAGCCUAAAGAUGAUGCUGACAAUUUAUCUGAUUUGAAUGUCUCCUUACAAGCUGACAUUGUAAAGCUAGAGACCAAGCUAUCUGCUUAUAAACAGGAAAAUUCUUCCCUUCUAUCAGAAAUAAAAGACGCACGAAACAAAUCGAAAGAGUUUGAUAACUUAGUGGCCGAAUAUGAAGAUGCCAAAUCUAAAUUAGCCAGCUAUAAGUCUGAAAAUACAGAACUGUUAAAUGAAAUGAAGGAAAUCAAUCAAGUACUAAAAGAGCGUGGUGAGGCCAUAUCUAAACUUCAAAAGGCUAUUUCUGAAAUGGAGAAAUUAGUAGAAACGCUAGAAAAGGACAGAGAAAAUAUCAAUCAAGAGAAAGUUGAACUUCUACAAAAGAAUGAAAGUCUCACAAGUGAUUUGAAAAAUUUAGAACAGAAGAGUUUUGAAAAUACUGAAACAGCCAAUCAAUUGAAUAUUGAAAAGAAUAAUGUUAUGAAAGAUUUGGCCAAAAAAGACGAAAUCAUUUUAACUUUGAAAGAAGAAAUAGAAAAACUCAAACAACAACAAAUGUCAUCAGCAGAAUUACCUAAUGAAGAUAUGUCUACAUCUACCAUAUCAAAAGCAGAAGAACAUUCUCGAAUGAAGGACCUAGAUGAGACUUUUGAAGAGAAGUAUACAAAGUUGAGGAUAUUUGCUCUUAAGCUGAAGAAGAAAUUGAACGAGACCAUAGCUCAGAUGCAGCAAUCAGAAAAGGAUAAAACUCGACUUGAAAAGUUACUCAGUGAGAGCAAAUCAGUGCAUUGUGCAGAUGAAGUGGAUGCUCCCAAAGUAGAGAAUACUGCUGUAUCAAAAACAGAUAACAGUGAACUUGAAGAAAAAGUAAAAUCAUUAACUGUUGCUCUUGAAGCUACCGAAAAUGUUUCCACUGAACUUGAGAAAUUGAAAGCGGAGUUAGCAUGCAAGACUCAACAACUGGCUACUGAAGUGGAAGCCCAUAAAGUAACAAAAGACAACCUGGAGAAGGCUCGACGCGAUGUCAAGAAGAAGAAUGUACUAAGUCUUGAGAUGGAAGAUUAUGAAAGGUCCAUGAAAGAGCUUUCAACAAAAAUGGAAGAGAGUAAGAAAAAAAUGAUGCAGAUGGAAUCCACAAUAGACACACAAGAAGGUACGAUCACAGCAAUGAGAACACAAAUAAAGCUAUUGGAGGAACAAAUAAAGACUGAGGAGAGACAGAACAGGCUUGUCAAAGAGGAUCUCCAACACGCCAUUGAGGAUGGUAAAGAGAAAGAUAACCUGAUUCAAAUGAAGAACACCGUCAUUUCAAAAUUAGAACAAGAUCUUGAAGACGAAAAGAGGAAGAAUGAGGAAUCGGAUUUAGAGAUGACGUCAUUACUUACCGACAAAGAGAAAGUAAUAAUGGCGCUAGGCGAAGAUAAGACUGAGCUCAACAACAGAGUAAAGAAACUGGAGUUCAAGUGUUCGGAACUGAAUGAAAAACUAAGGAUAACUAAUAUAGAACUGGCAGAUCUGAAAACUGAGUAUACUAGUUAUAAGGUGCGGGCUCAAGCUGUUUUACGUCAAAAUCAAACAGUGGAUCAUAGUCAAGAAGAGCAACUGAAGGAGGAAGCUGCUGCUAUGAGGGCACAGAUAGAAACAUUAACAGCCAAACUCACUACAGCACAGGAGCAGAUAGCAGAGAAAACUUCCGAAGUGGAGAGUACUCGGCGACGCAUGUCUGAAGCGACGAGCGAGGCGGCGCGGGCGCAUCAGAGAACCACUCGCCUGCACGCCGACCUCGCGCGCCUCUCGCAACAAAUUGAGUCGGAGAGGACUCAGAAUAAGCUGCAGGUCUCCACUUUAACACAAUGUUACAAAACUCAAAUAAGUGAAAUGGAGGCCAAGCAUCAGAACGAGACGGAAGCUUUGAAGAAGCAGCUGGCGUUAGCUCAGGAGACGAGGAAGUCUGGCAACGUCGCAGCCUCGCUGAUGGACGACGCUAACAGAAACCAGUACAUGUUGCCAGUUAUACCCAAAGACGAGAGUAGUGACGGCGAGAUGGACAUCAACGUGUCUAUGAUACCGAGGGAGGAGGGAGAGGGUUCAGAAUCAGCUCCGUCGCCGCCUCCGUCGAAGCCAUACCUUGUGGCUGGCGGCGGCAGUCGGUCGCCCGUGCCUCUAGAGCGGCUGCUGGAAGAGGGGGUACCUGAUGACGAGGCUAUGGACACCUCGUCCUUCGCCCUCACGCCCGACCAGGAGAUUGCCGACCUCAAGCGGAGGCUACAAGCUCAGCAGCAGAGAGUGAAGCACGUGACGGUGCUGCUGGCGGAGUCGGAGCGCGGAUGCGCGCGGCUGGCGCAGCUGAGCGAGCUGCUGAAGGGCGAGCUGCGGCGCGUGCGCGGCGCCACCAGCCAGCCGCACAACACCGAGUACAUGAAGAACGUCACGCUCAAGUUCCUGACACUGCCGCCCGGUGACGAGCGCAGCAGGCUGGUGCCAGUGCUGCAGAAGAUACUUACUCUCACUAAUGAAGAAACACAGAAAAUUAACGCCGUGGCUAAGGGUUUGGAUCCGAAUCCGAGCAAAGGCUGGGGCAGUUAUCUGCCGUGGCCCGGAGGGAAAUAAUAUACUUAAAGAAAUAUAUACACAGUAUAGAGUGCGAUAGUCGUGACUAAGCAAUAGUAAACUGUAAAUUGUCUGUGAUUACAAUAUUAUCGGAUGCCUUUUCAUUUACUUCGGAACUUUUAUCUAUUGCAUUUGUACUAGACUUUUGUUCGAUUUUAAUGUAUUUGUAACUAUACAUUAUUUAUUUUGGAAAUUAAACUAGCCAUGUAAUGUAAUUAGGUUAGAGAGAGAAAAUAUAGAAGAUUAUGAAAUA